AGCGGGGGAGGGAGGGAAACAAGAAAGCCUGCUCUGGGCACUUGUGCUUUUGUUAGUUCAACAGAAGAGGCCGAGAAACAAGAGAUAACAAAGGCUCCGUUUCCUUUCUGUGAGAGAAGGCUUUUGUCUUUCCUCCUGCAACAAUGUCAAUGUCUGGCAAGAAAGAGUUUGAUGUGAAACAGAUCCUACGGCUCCGCUGGAGAUGGUUUAGUCAUCCUCAAGGUUCUCCCAGCACUGGAAACUGCCUUCAGCAGGAAGGAUAUGAGCAUAGAGGGACCCCGGUUCAGGGCAGGUUGAAGAACCACUCUCGGGACAGAAACGGACUGAAGAAAAGCAACAGUCCUGUCCACCACAACCUAUUGCCACCAGUGCCACGACCGGCCCCUGCCCAUCAAAGAGCGUUUCAGAAUUGGCACCCACACAACCUGAUAGAACAUCUUCGAGCAAAUGAAGAUACUCCUAAAGCAGAUCCAGAGGAGAAUUUGUUCAAAAGAGCUUGUGAGAAACAUUCACAAGAUUUGGAGAUGAUGGUUGAUGACAGUGCAGGAGAUUCUUCAGCGAGAUUGCAUGCACAACAUCCUGAAGAAAUGAAUCUCAGUAUAUCUGAGGAGCAGUUCCAUGCUGUAAACCAUGCAGAGCAAACUCUUCAUAAAAUGGAGAGCUACCUGAAAGAGAAACAACUGUGUGAUGUGCUACUCAUUGCUGGACACCUCCGAAUCCCAGCUCAUCGGUUGGUUCUUAGUGCAGUGUCUGAUUAUUUUGCUGCAAUGUUUACUAAUGAUGUGCUUGAAGCCAAACAAGAAGAGGUCAAGAUGGAAGGAGUGGAUCCUAAUGCACUUAAUUCUUUGGUGCAGUACGCUUACACAGGUAUCCUGCAAUUGAAAGAAGAUACCAUUGAAAAUUUGCUGGCGGCAGCUUGUCUCCUACAACUGACUCAAGUCGUUGAGGUCUGCUCCAAUUUUCUCAUAAAGCAGCUCCAUCCUUCAAACUGCUUAGGGAUUCGAUCGUUUGGAGAUGCCCAGGGUUGUACAGAGCUCCUGAGUGUUGCACAUAAGUACACAAUGGAACACUUCAUCGACGUAAUAAAGAACCAAGAAUUCCUCCUGUUGCCAGCGAAUGAAAUCUCCAAACUUUUGUGCAGUGAUGAUAUCAACGUGCCCGAUGAAGAGACCAUUUUCCAUGCUCUGAUGCAGUGGGUGGGGCACGACGUGCAGGCCAGGCAACAAGACUUGGCCAGUCUGCUUUGUUAUAUCAGGCUGCCAUUACUUCCACCGCAGUUACUGGCAGAUCUUGAAAAUAGCUCCAUGUUUACUGGUGAUCUUGAAUGUCAGAAACUCCUGAUAGAAGCUAUGAAGUAUCAUCUCUUACCUGAAAGAAGACCCAUGAUGCAAAGCCCUCGGACAAAGCCUAGAAAAUCAACUGUGGGGGCACUUUAUGCUGUGGGAGGCAUGGAUGCUAUGAAAGGUACCACUACAAUUGAAAAAUAUGACCUCAGGACCAAUAACUGGCUACAUAUUGGUACCAUGAAUGGCCGUAGGCUUCAGUUUGGAGUUGCAGUGAUUGAUAAUAAGCUCUAUGUCGUGGGAGGAAGAGAUGGUUUAAAAACUUUGAAUACAGUGGAAUGUUUUAAUCCAGUUGGCAAAAUCUGGACUGUGAUGCCUCCCAUGUCAACUCAUAGACACGGCUUAGGUGUAGCCACACUUGAAGGACCAAUGUAUGCUGUUGGCGGUCAUGAUGGAUGGAGUUAUCUAAACACUGUAGAAAGAUGGGACCCUGAGGGACGUCAGUGGAAUUACGUGGCCAGUAUGUCAACUCCUAGAAGCACAGUUGGUGUUGUCGCAUUAAACAACAAGCUAUAUGCUAUUGGUGGACGUGAUGGAAGUUCCUGCGUCAAAUCAAUGGAAUACUUUGACCCACACACUAACAAGUGGAGUAUGUGUGCUCCAAUGUCCAAAAGACGUGGAGGUGUGGGAGUUGCAACAUACAAUGGAUUCUUAUAUGUUGUUGGGGGUCAUGAUGCCCCUGCUUCUAACCAUUGCUCCAGGCUUUCUGACUGUGUGGAACGGUAUGAUCCAAAAAAUGAUUCAUGGUCAACUGUGGCACCUCUGAGUGUUCCUCGAGAUGCUGUGGCUGUUUGUGCUCUAGGAGACAAACUCUUUGUGGUUGGAGGAUAUGAUGGACAUUCUUAUUUGAAUACUGUUGAGUCAUACGAUGCACAGAAAGAUGAAUGGAAGCAGGAAGUUCCUGUUAACAUUGGAAGAGCUGGUGCAUGUGUUGUGGUGGUGAAGCUUCCGUAAAGCUAUCUCAUCAAACGGAAGAAAACCUGAUAAUUUUAAGAAAUGGAGUAGGAAGAAAAGAAGAAGAAAAAUGUUCUUUUCUUCAAUUAGUAGUCAAACAUGAAAACUCUUGUGUCAUUUUAAUAUGUAGUUAUGAUUGCUCUCAUUUGUGAAACCAAAGCAAGGUUUAAACGUGAAUUACAUAUAGGUGUUAAGUGUGUGUGUUGUUACAGCUGGUAAUAUACAUGGAAAUCUACUCCUUUAGGUUCAGCCUUAUCACUUUAAAAUCUUUCAAGGAAAUAGAUAGUGGCCAAGGUAUGAAAUGUUUUAAAAGCAUUGCAAAUUUUUAAGUUAAGAGUCUGAGAAGUUAAAAAUAUUUUCUAUUUCAAAUAGUAAAGGUACUCUAUUAUCUGGAACACAACUAAUACAAAAGAGAACCUGGAGAGCUUAAACUAUAGUCUGAUUUCAGUAAGACAUCAUUCUCUUAGUCAAACAAUAUCCCAAAUAGCUAAGUAACACCUCACAUGUCUUAAUGGAAAGCUUUUACUGUGUUGACAAAAAAAAAAAAAAAACAUGAAAAAAUUAUUGGCAUAAUUUGUUAUGAUGAUCACAGUAUAUUAAAAUUUUCACAAACUUACUCUUUUACAGUAUCAUCUUCCAAGGCACACAUAAAACUUAGGUAUUCCUUACCAUGUUGUCUUGUUAGAUUUAUUAUCAGUAAAAUAUUACUGUAAUUUCAUAUACACAAUCUACACAAAAAAUAGUGAAUAUUUAUCAUAUUGAUACAAACUGUGACCUCUGCUUAAAGUGUCAGGGCCUCGCUUGUAUAGAAAGUAAUAUUCUCCUCAAACAUUUGUGUGAAUUCUGUCAACACCUACCAUUAAGUUUAACAAGUUUUCAAAAACAGUUUUUAAAGUAUGGUAAAACUGAGAAGAUGCUCUACAAUAGUAACACACAGAAACACCAAAAUGUUUGAUAUCCAAGGUAAAUUCUGUAUUUAUCUUUUAUGUAACAAUACAUGCUUUUUUUUAUUAGUUAUAGCCAUCCAGUAGAAAAUGUUAAGGAU